GAGAGUGACAGACGCGCCGUCUCGACACGACACGACGCGACGAGCACCGGCGGUAUGUAACGAGAAGCUGGAAGAUUACUCCUUAAUAACACACUUACGAUACGCCCCGACGAUCGCACGUCGUCACUCCUGAUACGUAUUUCCGCACAAGGCUGAUUUUCAACAGACAGAAGACGAGUAGAACGCGGAGCGAUGUGUCCAUGACGAUUGCUCGAAUAAAAAGAUCGGACGUAACCGCGCGAUAGUGCGCCGAAAAUAGUCGCACUCUUGUAUAACGACGCCCUCUCUACAUCCAAUGCUGUAGACGUUAGCCCUUACCAUCGGAUAGAUCGAUAAUCGUUAUCCAGUUGCGCGCCCCUAUCUUCAUUAUCGAUCUAUUUGUAUGGAACAGCCGCCGUGAACGCGUCGCCCGAUAUCGCUCCGCGUUUCACGCAUCUUCUGUUCAUCAAAAGUAAGUCUCGUGGGGAAAUAAGCAUCGAGAGUGUCGACAAUAGUGAUGUGCGGGACGUAUCUGGUGAUAGAACCGAAUGAUCGUCGAAUUUAUAAAUUGAAAAUCGGAAAUACGGUGGCGAUCGAAAGAAUAGAUGGAUAAUACGACGCUAGAGAUAUUCGCGACGUCGAAUAUUUCAAGGUGGUGUCGCUCCGUUCGCAAGAAAGAGAGGGGUAUACAGCCCCAUACAGCCGUCCUUGUCGGAUCGCAACAUCGUUCAAGUCGUAACGCAAAUUUUCGAUGUAUAUACUACGUCAUCGGUUGCACGGCUAUCCUUGGUCUUUCUACGUCGAGCCGCCGCCAUUAACGUAUCGCUCAACAUCGCUCCGUGUUUCAUGCGUCUUUUGUCCGUCUAAAGUGAGUCUCGCGUGGAAAUAAGUAUCGCAUGUGUCGACAAUAGCGAUGUGCGAUCGUCGGGACGUAUGGCAACGAUCGCGAAUAUUCUGCAAGUCUACACGGCUCUAUCUCGGUGAACAUUUUAUUACAAAACGAGCAACUAGGAGGAAACGUCCAGUAGCUGGCAUUCUUGCUCGGAUUUUAUCAAAUAUUAAGGUAUAGGCAAAAAAUCGCAGUGCUAAUAUAUGAUGUCAUUAUCAUACAUCAUAAUAGUUGACAACAUUUCCACAAAAGUGUCAAAAACAUGCAGAGUGCCGACUAUUAGAGGUUUAUCCUUACAAAGAAAAGUGUAUCGGGACGUCCACACGGCGAGAGGCGAUCAGCUACAUAACGACUGUGUGUAGCUGAAGCUUACGUCUACAGCAAUUCAUGUGUGAGAGCCUUUAACCAUUCCGCUUGGCGGCACCCGCAGCGAUCGUAGUUACCGACGCGUCACUCUGCUUCGCAGACCGCCGCGCGCGGCACUGUCGCGCCUGACAGUACGACCAAGAUGGCGUCGCCUAGUGAGCUGUCCCUCGAGGAGAUUCGGAAUUAUUUAUUGGAAAACGGCGGUACGGCGCGCAAUCACGACCUAGUGAAGCAUUUCAAGCGGUUCCUGACGGACCCGGAGACGCGAGUCGAGGCCAGAAAUCGGUUCAAGGAGUAUGUCAACACCCUGGCCACCAUAAAGAACGAAGAGGGCGAAAAGUAUCUGGUUCUCAAGAAGAAAUACCGGCAAGUUUCCUUGGGGGACCUCUCGCUCCCUCAGCAAGUGGGAUCACCACCUUCAAUCACCACUCCCGAUUUACCUGUUUCUCCUCUACGAGAACCUCCACCGUACCGGCCACCACCUCCCGCACCCCUCAGCCCGACAGUGAAUAAUUCUCAAGUGAGUCUUGAGGAGGAUCGAACGACGACGAUUUCUGAGCACGGAGAGAUUAGGAGGAACGAUAAUUCGGAGUAUGGCGCGACUGAUAAUUCAGAGCUCGGCACGCCGGUUUCAUCGCCCCCGGUUCCACCGCGCCGCAAAAGUCAGGACAAGCUCAAAUUGGAGAACAAGGAGAACAUCGAGAAGAAUAUGAAAGGCUUCUCGGAAGCAGUCAUAAAGGAGGAUGAAGCAACUGUGACUAAUCCUGGGUCGGCUGAGCAGUUGAGCGUUCGUGAACGGAUGCAACGUUUCAACCGUAUGGCCAGCGAGACCGAUCUUCCCAGCAGACCCAGCGGUGGCACAACUACUCCCACUAAGAAACGGACAGAGAAAGGCGCCGACGAGGAUGACAGCGCUUCCGUUGCCUCGCAACUGGACGGAAAAUCGCGGGAGUGGCUGGUCAGGGCGGCGCAGGGGGACUACCAGGCCUUGGCGAAGCUCGCGACUGAGGAACCUCGUCUCACCAGGCUGAAGGUGCUGGCCCAGGAUCCGACUUCCGGCUAUACGGCGUUGCACUGGGGCGCCAAACACGGCGACGAGAACAUCGUGAAAUUAAUAGCGGGCACCUACAAGGACUACAUCAAGAGCGUCAAUGAAACUACGAAUGGGGGCUACACGCCGCUGCAUAUUGCCAUGCAAUUCGAUCACGAGAACAUAUUCAACCUUUUGGUUCAGGUAUACGGAGCGAAUCAAGACGUACGCGACCACAGCGGCAAGAAGGCCAGGCAGUACUUGGUGUCCCAAGAGGCAGCGGUCAGUCAGGACACGUUUCGCAAAAUAAAAGCAAGGAAAAAGCAUGCAGAGAAAGAUCUUGGUUUCCUACGAAUUGGCUCGUUGAACGUUCGCGUGAAACGUACGACGGAAGCCUUCAGCCAGUUCCUGGGUGUGGCAACUAGCAGCAGCAGCAGCAACACGGCCGGGAGCAACAACGAGAAGAUCCACAAAUCGUGGGGAUCCGCGGAUAACGUUCAGCUGGACCAGAAGAUGAUGCCACCGCCAAAGUACGCGCCCAUCAAAAAGCGCAGGAGCCGGCGGGCGCAGGAUUUCGGGCCGUCGCGAGGUCAGCAAGCGGCCAGUCAGCCGACUACUCCGUUGCUGCAGGGCAAGGUCAACCGACCAAACAACCAGGCCGUUCAACGUCGACCGACGUCCACGACGUCUGUCAACUCCGUCGUUUCCAACGUCCAGCAGAACGACUCCGACUCGGAUACGGCGUGCGGCUUCGACUCCGCGUGGCGAGGAUCCGCCCAACUGUAGAUAAUUCUUGUAAUUUGUCAUCUUGAGUUUACAUCACGCCUUACCCCUUCUAAUGAUUAGUGAUUUCUCGUUUCUAUGGAACAAAAAUUGUACAUAUCGAAGCGCGCGAGGACUUCAUCCUCCAAAUCAAGAAGCUCAAGGAUCUUUAAGGCAAUUGUAGUCUCUUCGCGUACACAACAUCGUAAACGAGAAAUAUGUAUAUCUAAUGAAUAAUCUUCGCUAUUUUCGUUAUGAACAAGGUCCGCAUUAGUGAUUUCUUGUGACAUAGAAUGAUUCUUGAUCGUUCUUGUAGUUUUCUUUUAUAUUUUGGAUUAAUUUUAUUAUUGAUAGUUGUACUCUUAAUGUUUUAAUGCAAAGCGGCUGAUAUAAUGAAAAUUGCAGAGUGUUUGAGACAUAAAUUAUUUCUGUAAAAUUUUUAUCAGCUACUUAUAUUUCGUUAUUUCUUCGAUAAUGCCUCCGAUAAUACAUAUUAUGCAUUUAAAUAUAUUUUACGUUGUAUAGCAAUAAUCUUUUUUGAGUAAUUGAUAUGUUUUCUCUUUUUAUCUUAUUAUUUUACUUCUUAUCUUUUUAUUUUAGUUAAAAUAUACAAGUUUCAACGAGAUGUGUUUUAUAAAUUAUACGUUAAGCUUAAUUUAAGAGAGUAGGACAUACUGUAGAUUUGAAUACGCUUACCUACAUUAUAAAAUAUAUGAAGCAAAAAUGUAUUUAUUAAAUAUAAAAAAUAAAAUGUUAUAUAAUUUA